AUGUAUGCGGUCUAUCUAAUAUUUGCCAGUAUGAUUUUUGUCACUGCGCAAGCAAGAUAUGUGAUGUAUCUAACAGGGCAACAUCCAGAACCACCAGCCGAUGUAGCUCUUGUGGCAGGUAUAACUCAUGUUGCCUUGGCCUUUAUGUCAUCGAGAUCAUUCAAUCAAGUGUCGAUUGAUGCAACAUCAGAGGCCGCAGAAGUUAAAUGGCCUUUUUUCACCACGGUAAAUAGGACAAGGACACAGUUCCAGAAGGGAACGAAGGUCUUGAUUGCUAUUGGAGGUUGGGGUGAUGAUGAGGGCUUCGAGGUAGCCGCAAGGACGGAAGAAGGACAAGAGCUAUGGGCGAGCAAUGUAGCGAGAAUGGUGACGGAUACUGGAGCAGAUGGCGUCGAUAUUGAUUGGGAAUACCCUGGUGGUAAUGGCGAGCACUACCUACAACCAAAUCAUACAAACCCUACUAAAGCCUGGCAAACAACAGCUUAUCCCAAGCUGCUCAGCACCUUGCGCAAGCACUUGGGCCCAUCAAAGCUCAUCACAGCCGCUGUACCAGGACUUCCGAGGGACAUGUUAGCCUUCACAUCGACAACGAUCCCGAUCAUCCUUCCCUCAAUCGACUUCUUCAAUAUCAUGACCUACGAUCUCAUGAAUCGUCGAGAUAGUCAGACUCUUCACCACGCCGGUGUUCAGGCAUCUUUGACAUCAAUUAAUGCAUACCUCUCCGCUGGAGUUCCAGCUUCCAAAUUGAACGUCGGCUUCGCAUUCUAUGUAAAGUACUUCAGAACUGAUGCCAGCCCCGCUGGACGCAAAAAGUGUCUUGAUGCGUGGAACAUCAAUUCGGGAAUUGGUUGUCCUACCGGCAUCAUGGAAGAUCCCAAAACCGGCGGUGAUCUGGGCAAAACAGGAGGUUUCUCGUGGCAUGAUGGCAUUCCAUCAGAGGUCAGCGAGUCUUUCAAGGCAGCAAAGACUUCUGGGAAAUGGGAUGCUGAAAGAGGUGGAUAUGGCUACUGGGACGAAAAAGAGAAUCUGUGGUGGACGUGGGAAAACGAGAAGGCGAUUGUCGAGAAGGUUGAACGAGUAGUGAAGGCCAAAGGAAUUGAGGGCGCUUUUGCGUGGGGACUAGGAGAAGAUGGUGAUGAAUUUGAGCAUCUUCAAACGUUGAACAAAGCGUACAAUGGUUUGCAAGCUGGACGACACGCACGUAAUGAGCUCUGA